UCUGCAUAUACAGAUCUAAAAUACUUGAUAUUUGCCUUGCACAACUCCUCUUAGAGCAAAGCAAUGAGCUGCCCUUAAAAUUGGUCAUCUUACAACAGUUCUCCAUUCUCCUAAAUCCGCUCUUGCCGAACCCGAUCUGACAGCCGACCCCCUGUCAAUGAAAAGAACGCGACAUUUGGAGCAUCCAAGACACUCUCCCAACCUUUCGGACAGCCCACAGAGCCAGAAUCACCAAUGAUCUCUGUAUCUUUCACGUCGCAUCUGCGAAUACCUUCUUACCGAUGUCCCCAUUUCGUACAGUAGACAAGCCAUAAUGUGGAGGCGCGCAUACUUGUUUCUGGUUCUUGUCCGUCUUUACUUUGCUCUGUCGCCGAGUUAUCUCCACCCGGAUGAGAACUUCCAAGGCCCAGAGGUAAUAGCAGGCCAGAUCUUCAGCUACCCUGUCCGACUUACUUGGGAAUUCACAUCCGACAGUCCUGUACGAAGCGUCUUUCCAUUAUGGCCCGUCUACGGUCUGCCCAUGCUUCUCCUUCGAUGGUUGUGGAUAGGAAAUGGGAAUGAUGGCGAAAUACCCCCAAUAGCCGUGUUCUGGACCCUCCGAGUUUUGAUGUUUGUUUUGAGCUUUGUGCUGGAGGAUUGGGCGCUUCACGAGUUGGUUUCGUCACCUAGACAUCGUAGGGUUGCUGUUUUGCUGGUUGCUUCAUCCUACGUUACUUGGACAUACCAGACCCAUACUUUUUCGAACUCGAUAGAGACCUUGGCUGUGGCUUGGAGUCUGGUCUUGAUUGACAGGAUUGUAGAGAAUAAACAACGAUCUUCUGCCUUUGCUUCAGCUAUUCUAGCAUUUGUGGUUGUCUUCGGCAUAUUCAACCGAAUUACCUUCCCAGCGUUCUUAAUAAUUCCUGGACUUCGAAUGAUACCCCAUUUCGUCAAGAAACCUUUUGCUCUUCUAGCUGCGAUUCUCUCAGCACUUCUUACGACUUUUAUUGCAGUUUAUUUAGACACAAAAUUCUACACCGAUCACUCGGUCACCUGGUCUUAUCUCUUCUCCCAUCCGACCAUCACACCACUCAACAAUCUCUCAUACAACCUUAAUAGCAGCAAUCUUGCAACCCAUGGCCUUCAUCCGUGGUAUCAACACACGCUCAUCAAUCUUCCACAACUUCUUGGCCCAGCAGCCUUCCUACUCUUCCUUCGACCACACCUCUCCCUACGACUUUAUUCGGCGAUAUCCGGUGUAUUCGUCCUGUCGAUCUUCCAACACCAAGAAGCGCGAUUUCUUCUUCCUACGAUACCCCUAAUUCUCUCUUCAGUUCAACUACCGAAGAAUCAAACAUAUCUUCGAAUAUGGGCGGGACUUUGGAUUCUUUUCAACUUGUUCUUUGGGCUCUUGAUGGGCGUAUACCACCAAGGAGGCAUUGUCCCAACCCAGGUCUUCUUGAGCAAGCAACCAGACGCCACCCAUGCAAUCUGGUGGAAAACCUACAGUCCGCCAAUCUGGCUACUGAACGGCAAGAACGAAGUCCUCCAAACGUACGACAUAAUGGGCAUGAAAGGGCCUUCUAUGCUGCGCGAGCUCAGCGCUCUCGCAACAUGUCACAACCCUUCUACAAACACAACAGCAUACCUGGACGAAAGCGGAGGUACAUAUCUGAUUGCGCCGUUUUCAGCGACGUUUUUGGAUCAGUACGUAGCAGCCGAGGAACCACAACUCAGAUUUCAAGAAGUGUGGAAGUACAAGCAGCACUUGAAUCUGGAUGAUUUGGAUUUCGGCGAUGAUGGAUUUUGGGCUACGAUCGAGAGGGUGAUUGGCAGGAGAGGAUUAAUCGCCUGGAGAGUAACGAAGGAGUGUGCGGAAAAAUAGAAAAUUAAAUUUGUUCGCUACUCG